CUGAACAUCACAGAGGUCGACUACGAGAAUAUUGCCGAGGUGACAAAAGCCCUGCACGGGGUCGAUGUCUUCAUCAGCGCAGUUGGCAACCCCGGCCUGGACGCACAGAUCCGGCUCAUCGACGCCGCCGUCGCCGCCGGUGUCAAGCGGUUGCUCCCGAGCGAGUUCGGGGCCGAUGCCGAGCACCCACGACAAAAAGACUUCCCGCUGUACGUCGCCAAGCGCCGCAUCGUGGACUAG